AUGUUCAUUCCCCAAUUUAAAUACAAUGACAAUGUAUGUGUCUGUUUCAAUGCAUGGAUAAGCAAAAGAGAAAGGGAUUUUAGGAGCCAUGGUAUAAUAAAUGGUGAUAUGGAAUUAUGGACAGAAUAUAUGAAAAAUAUUCAUGAAUUAGUAAAAUCAAUGGCGCAUGGUUCUUCCCAAGAUAAUUUUUGUAAAUUGGAUUAUACUGAAUCUGAAUGUAAAUUACCAACAAAAUUACAAAGUACUUCAUACGAUAUUAAAGAAACAAGUACAGGAACAGGUACAGAAUUCCAAAACAGGUCUAACUCUUCUUUUUCUUCACCAAUGAAAUAUUUCGGUAAAAUUCCAAAAAUUUUAUAUAAUAAAUGUAACGUAAAUUUUUUAAGAAGAAUGUAUAUAAUAGAUAUCAAUCCUUUUGGAAAUUAUGAUGAUUUCCAUUUUGUUUCAGAAAGCAAAAGAUUUAAUAUGCGUUAUGUAUGA